UUAGACACCAGUAUACAUUUAUAUGAGCUGACAACCUACAACUAUUAAUAAACAACAACGAACAACGUAUUUAUCUAUAUAAUCUAAAUAUGUUGAUGUGUCGAGAGUUAUUUGGAUUUACAAGCGGAAAUGAUAUUUAAUUCGUAAAAUUAUUUUAAACAUAAAAUUAUAAUAGUGUAUAACAUAUGAUAUUAACAUUUUGGUAUGCUCAGGAACAAAUUAGCUAAUCUAAAUAUUUCUUACACCAGACUUUUGGUCGGAAUACAGAUUUAUUGGUAUUAUGCUGAAUCGGCUAAAAUUGAAAUAGGAAAGUUAAUGACACAUAAAAAUAUGAGAAUAGCAUCGUCCGUUAGCCCCAAAGAGGUACACAUUGAUAGCUCUCAUGUGGGAUGUAGUCUGCGGUUAUUCAGUAAAGAUAAUAUUUGUGUCGCAAGUUAUAAUGCAGAAACACGCACCUGUUUGUUGUAUACUUCUGGUUGCUCACCGUCUUUUGAAGUUUUAAGUAAAGGGACGUUGCUAAUACGCAGAGAUUUGUCAGGUUCGAUUCAGGACAACGAAGAUUGUUCGUAUUACAAGAAUAUCAAUAAGCCUAGUGGUGUCUAUAUUAUACAGCCAGAGGGUUUUAGCACUGGUUUGUUAGUAUACUGUGAUAUGGAUAGAGGUAGUAGCGGCUGGAUAGUGAUUCAGAAUAGAUAUGACGGUUCUGUUAACUUUUACGAGACAUGGAAUCAGUAUAAAGAAGGAUUUGGAAGCUUAUCAGGAGAAUUUUGGUUCGGCAAUGAUAACCUCCACAUGUUAACUUAUUCGAAUAAGUAUAUGCUACGUGUAGACCUAACAGAUGACUCGGGUAACCAGAGAUAUGCAGAGUACUACAUCUUCAGAGUAUUUGACGAGGCAGACAAAUAUAGACUGAUUAUAGGAGGGUACCAAGGCGAUGCUGGAGAUGCUAUGUAUUAUAAUAACAACAAGAUAUUUCACACAAAAGAUCAAGAUUCUACUGUAGGAUUUUUGGAAGGAGUUUGUUCCCUUGAAAGAUAUUGUGGCUUUUGGUUUGAUAGGUGUACCUGGGCUAAUACGAAUGGACGCUGGCUUCCAGGUACAAAUUCCUGGGAAUCUAAUUAUUGGUAUCAAUGGCAUAAUACAGUUGGCUUGGCUAAGAUUUCAAUGAAAAUCCGACGAAAAUGAUGAUAUAGAAAAAAAAAUAGAGAACGUGUGUGUAUCUAUAUAUUGUGGAUUAUGGAUCCAUUAAGUGUUGUAUACAUUCCAGGUUAAAUAAAGAAUAUCUGUAUGUUUUAUCUAACAAUUGUAAAACAUAUACAGUUGAUGUGAAAAUCCAUGGAUGGUACCAGCGGGAUUCGAAUCCACAAUCUCGGGAUCUAAAGGCAGCGCUCUAAACAAUUGAGCCAAAGAAGAUCUCCCCUAACUCAACUAGUUAGACUACCUUUUAUAUCUCCAGGUCUACAACACUCUUCCCCCUUUUCUUUUUUCGGGCUGCGUACCAUCUAUCCGAGCAACUCACAGGUCCACUACUAUACAACCCCGAGACUUCUACUCGGA